AGUUCAAAACUUCCCAUUUCAGAUUUCUGGCUGCUCUCCCUGUCAAUAAAAUUUCCACACUUUCUCACUUCCCCAACUCACAUAAAAAAAUACGAAACAGAAAAAUAAAAAAAUAAUAAUAAUAAAUCAGAAAAUAAAUAUGUCCACCAUAUCUGCCUCCAGAUUCUUCAGCAUUAGCACCAGCGAACUACUCUAUUCUACUGCGACACAUCAGAAUCGCUCCAAAGUGUCCACCUUUUACCCUACCCUUUUCCCGAAACUCCCUCCGCGGCCCCACCUCCUCACCCAAUCUUCAAGAAAGACAUUGACUUUGGUUUCCUCAAAGUCAUCUGAGGAGGCAGAGGAGCUCUCUUCAGUAGGCCCAGAGGACGAGUGGCUGAAGAAGCUUCCGGACAAGAAGAAGCCCCUUUACUCUCACAGCCUGCCCUGUAUUGAGGCCUGGUUGAGGAGCUUGGGGUUUUACCAGAGCAAAGAUGACCGGGCCGUUUGGCUUGUGGAGAAGCCGGAGUGGCACGCCCAGCUCUCGCUAGAUGUCACUGACCUCUAUAUAAGAUAUCUAAAGAGUGGACCUGGGAAUCUUGAAAAGGAUGUUGAGAGGAGAUUUAGUUAUGCAUUGAGCAGAGAGGAUAUUGAGAAUGCCGUGCUUGGAGGACCUUAACUUCAAUAUUGAUUAAUCUUGCCAUCAUAUUGUUUAUCUGCUUAAUUUAUUGAGUAAGUUCCCUCUGAGACUUGAUAGUUCUCAAUUUUCUAUUUUCUCAUCGCUGGAUGUCACAUGAAACUGCUGAAUUAUUUAAUAAAAUUACUGUUUAAUUGGGAA